GGGAUGGGAAAAACGUUGGCUGGGUAUAACGAGCGUCCAAGUCGUUACGACGAUGUCGCAUGCGACGGCAGUCGCCUCCGAUGUUCUCCGUCCCUCGAUCUCGCCUCUCGCGCUUUUCCCCCCCGACAAUCAGCGCGAGCCUGUCAACGUCUCUUCUCUCGGCUCCUCGCUAUUAUGCUCGGCCACGACGCCAGAUCUGGCGAGCUCGAUAAACACCGGACUGCGUAGGAUCGCCGCGGAUUGACGCGCAUUAUGCAAACCUUCGACGAUGCUCGGCAAAAUUUAUACUACAAAACAAUGCUGGACCUGCAGGAAAAGUUACGAAAAAGCGAGGAGGAAAGAAUUAGACUGGAGGAGAGGUUCAACUUUUUAGUCCAGGACUCCCGUGUCAGGCAUCAGAGCUGCAUCAACAGAUUGCGAAUCUGCUACGUGGAGUUCCUCGAGGAGCAAAAAGUCAGGGACGAGCGGAACCACAAACUGCUCGGGAGCCUCGAGAAGGUCGACAGCAGUUUGGCCGUGAUGAGCGCCAAAACCGAGCGCCUCAACGUACUGCGAAAGCACUACGAGGCCUACCUGAUGCGCGUCUACGGGAGGGAGGGUGCCGGACCGAGGACCAGCAGGCCCUUCAAGAUCGAGAGCCACGGGAGAAGAUCGGCCUACGAUUUACCCUUUGCGCUGAUACCGAGCAAGAGCACCGAAGAGCAGGAUGAUGCCGACGUGCAAAGGUUUUACCGGCUCCCCAGUUCCCCGCCAGCCUCGCAGCCCCGAGCACUGGUACCCAGCACUCGCGGUACUUGGAAGGAGCCCUCCUACCCCCCGCCGAAACCAUACGGCGCUCCAGCUUGGGAGAACCCGUCCCUCCCCGAUGACAGCGAGAGCGAGCAACCACGGAAGCAGGAGGAGAAGACCACCGACGAGGCUGGGAACUCACAACCCACGAGCGAGCUGCCCGACCUGGACAGCUACAUCGGCGCGAUCAGGCGACUGCACGCGGACAACGAGGGCUACGUGGAUCGGGAGCCGAGAGCAACCAACAGCGGGAGGAGCGACGCCGAUCUUUUGAACGAGCUGAUGAGCCCUGGGAAGGGCUACGAUGACUACGACGAGCAGGAGCGGCUCGGGGUGGACGGGAUCGAGGACGACUACGACGAGUCGGUGGACAUCGACUCGUGGAUGCCCGACGACCGAGACGACCGGGAGGAGCAACAGGCCCAGGAAACGCAGUUGCGCGACAGUAUCCGCAACAGGCUAAGAACGAAGCUCGAGUCCAUAGAGGAGGUCGAGCCGACCGAGGACGAGCAACAGAGCGACCACGAGCCCGCUUCGAGCCAUCGGGCCGACGCUCAGCAACGGGACGCCAAUCAACCACACCAACGAGUAGGCGAUCACGACGAAAAUACAGAUAAACCGAACGAGGAGCAACGGGAGCCGGACGAGUCCGGUCGAGUGGAUCGACACGCCAGUGAUGACCAGAUUGAGGAACAUUUGGAAGCACCAGAACAGUGGCAACAACCAGAGACCGAGGAGGACGUGGUCCAGCGGCAUAGUGGGAACGAGUCCGAUCAAGGACAACAGUACGAAAACUUGGAGCAACAGGUACAGAAAGCCGAGGACGAUUCGGUCGAGCAGAACCACGAAGUUGAUCGAGCGCCAGUUGAAGAGCACCGUGACGAUUCGGACCAGCAGCAGUCGGUGGAGCAGCGCGCGGCCACGGAUGAACAGUACCUCGAGGAGGAGUCGGCCACCACCUCGAGCGGAGAUCAACCGCCGAGCGAAAGUUUGGGGGAUGGACACCAACGUGGGGGGGAACAACGGUCGCGGGAAGGGGAGGACAAUGAACGGCAGCCCGCCUCGAGCGAGGCGUCGGACCGACAGCAACAAGAAGAGGAGGGUGAGGGACAAAAGCAAGAGGAAGAGAAGCAACGGGAGAAACAAGCGGCAAAGCCACAGCAACAAAAGCCACAACAAAAGUUGGCAGUUGGUGGGUCGAAAGCGAGCCCGCGGCUGAAGGCUCGACAGGUGGUCGGGAGCGCGGUCGCCCAGCUGAAGAAGAAGAAGCUGCAGGAGGACAGCAGCUCGCGCGAGCAACGGCUCGCCGCUAACAAGGCCGUGAAGAAGAAGGUCGUGAGGAAGGACCCGAUCAAGUCCAUCCUCGACUCGGAGUCUAGCGAGAGCUUGAUCGAGCGCAAGCUCUCCAACAGCGAGAGCGACUUUGAUUUCAAUUGAUCGGGGCCCCUAUAUGUUUCGCCACCGCGACGGCCUGUUUUUUCAACAUACACCCCGAAAUCCUAUGGGACAUCUAUUAACAACACAACAAUUGUACAAUAGGUAAUAACCAUACCAUCCCGAGCAAUGUAACUACAUACGUUAAGUGUAGAUGAUAUACUAUAUAUAUAUAUAACUUGUUCAAAUUUUAGAGAUGCGUUAUACUUACGGAAAAUUACUUAUAUUGUGAAAGGAAAAAAAAAAAAAAAAAAAAAAAAGAAUUAUUGCCUGCAACACUUGCACAUAUAUGUAUCAUACUACCAAUCGGAACUUGUGAGAUUAUCAUUAUACGUAAAUAAAAAGAAUAUGCCUAGGCGAAA